GGCUCCGGAGCCGGGCCGGGCCGGGCGGGCCUGGAGGAGGAGGAGGAGGAGCCGGGCGGGCUGGCGGGCGGCCGGGCGGCGGCAUGGCGGAGCCGAGUGGGGCUGAGACGAGGCCCCAGAUUCGGGUCACCGUCAAGACCCCCAAGGACAAGGAGGAGAUCGUGAUCUGCGAUCAAGCCUCCGUCAAGGAGUUCAAGGAGGAAAUCUCCCGGAGGUUUAAGGCUCAGCAGGAUCAGCUGGUCCUGAUCUUCGCAGGCAAGAUCCUCAAGGACGGGGACACCCUGAGCCAGCACGGCAUCAAGGACGGGCUCACGGUCCACCUAGUCAUCAAGACCCCUCAGAAGGCUCAAGAUCCAGUGACAGCCGCUGCUUCUCCUCCAUCCACUCCCGACUCUGCCUCUGCACCCUCCACCACGCCUGCCUCACCUGCCGCCCCUGUCCAGCCCUGCAGCUCUGGCAAUACCACUUCAGAUGCUGGCAGUGGAGGGGGACCCUCUCCAGUGGCUGCAGAGGGGCCCUCAAGUGCUACUGCGUCGAUCCUCUCUGGCUUCGGGGGCAUCUUGGGCCUGGGCAGCCUGGGCCUGGGCUCCGCCAACUUUAUGGAGCUACAGCAACAGAUGCAGAGACAGCUCAUGUCCAAUCCUGAGAUGCUGUCGCAGAUCAUGGAGAACCCCUUGGUCCAGGAUAUGAUGUCAAACCCUGACCUGAUGCGCCACAUGAUCAUGGCUAACCCCCAGAUGCAGCAGCUGAUGGAGAGGAACCCCGAGAUCAGCCACAUGCUCAACAACCCAGAGCUCAUGAGGCAGACAAUGGAGCUUGCUCGGAACCCAGCCAUGAUGCAAGAAAUGAUGCGGAACCAGGACCGCGCCCUCAGCAACCUGGAAAGUGUCCCGGGCGGGUAUAAUGCCCUCCGCCGCAUGUACACGGACAUCCAGGAGCCCAUGUUCACUGCUGCUCGGGAACAGUUUGGCAACAAUCCCUUCUCUUCCCUGGCCGGGAACUCCGACAACUCAUCCUCCCAACCUCUUCGGACUGAGAAUCGAGAGCCCCUCCCUAACCCCUGGAGCCCCUCGCCCCCCACCUCCCAGGCCCCCGGGUCCGGUGGGGAGGGCACCGGAGGAUCGGGGACCAGCCAGGUGCACCCGACAGUCUCGAACCCCUUUGGGAUCAAUGCGGCUAGCCUGGGGUCAGGGAUGUUCAACAGCCCAGAGAUGCAGGCGCUCCUCCAGCAGAUUUCUGAAAACCCCCAGCUGAUGCAGAACGUCAUCUCAGCCCCUUACAUGCGCACCAUGAUGCAGACGCUCGCCCAGAACCCUGACUUUGCUGCUCAGAUGAUGGUGAAUGUGCCGCUGUUUGCAGGGAAUCCACAGCUUCAGGAGCAGCUCCGUCUGCAGCUCCCUGUGUUCCUGCAGCAGAUGCAAAACCCAGAGUCUCUCUCCAUCCUCACCAAUCCCCGGGCCAUGCAGGCCUUGCUGCAGAUCCAGCAGGGACUGCAGACCCUCCAGACUGAGGCCCCUGGGCUGGUACCCAGCCUUGGCUCCUUUGGGACAGCCCGGACCUCGGUACCUCUGGCAAGCAGCAACUCUGGAUCUUCGGCAGAGGCCCCCACUUCUUCCCCGGGCAUGCCAGCCACAUCUCCUCCCGGUGCGGGUUCCAAUGCCCAGCAACAACUCAUGCAGCAGAUGAUCCAACUUUUGUCCGGAAGUGGGAACUCACAGGUGCCGAUGCCAGAAGUGAGAUUUCAACAGCAGCUGGAACAACUCAACUCCAUGGGCUUUAUCAACCGUGAGGCCAACCUACAGGCCCUGAUUGCCACAGGAGGGGACAUCAAUGCCGCUAUUGAGAGACUCCUGGGCUCCCAGCUCUCCUGAUCCCUUAGCUGGUGCCUCCUGCCUUCCCCACUUCUCAGUGCCAGCCUUUGGAUCCUCUCAAGCCCUCCCUUCCAUAGCCUGUCUUCUUUGACCCCUACGAACAGAACACCAGGGUGACUUCCAACUUUCCAAGGCUUGUGCCCAACCCAAAGCUGUCCAAGGAUUUUGAUUUGUUUACCGUCAUGAAAUCUCUUGGAGCAGAGCUAUCUAGUGUGCACAGUGUGCCCAUCGGCCACAUCUCCUUGCCCACAGAUAUCUAGUGUGCACAGUGUGCCCAUCGGCCACAUUUCCUUGCCCACAGCUAUCUAGUGUGCACAGUGUGCCCAUCGGCCACAUCUCCUUGCCCACAGCUAUCUAGUGUGCACAGUGUGCCCGUUGGCCACAUCUCCUUGCCGACAAGUACCUUGGCAUUCUUCCCCAGGGGACUGAGAGGAGGCCCCACCUAGCGGAUCGGAAGUCUUCCGUUGGUACCACUAGAGUUUAGUGAGCCUUACCUUACUCCUACCCUCCUCUCCCUCUCUCACCUCAGCUCAACCAGUUUGAAUUUCACUCUUGGGCCAGGUGCUGGUGAAACUGUUUUCCUUUCUCUACCCCUGUACUGGUUCAUAUAGCAAUUUUUCAUGGAUUCCCUUUGAGACUCUGAGGCAGGGAAGAAAACGCCUGUCCUUCUGUCCAAAGGCAGCAGUGAGUCAGCAGUCUGGGCAGGGCUAUCAAGCUCAAACCAGACCAGUGGACGCUGGUGCUCAAGAGCCACAGACAGCUGAGAGCUCUCGGGAGCAGGGACUCGGGAGACAGCCUGGGCGGGAGGCUUGGACGUUGGAGUUGACAGAGUCUAGAAAGACCCAUAGUCUNUCAUGGUGGAGAAGCCAGGCUCAGGCCUGACAGAAGAGGGACUGAUGGACUUGAAACUGAAGAAAGGAGCUCAACAAAGCUGACCAGCGUGACCCACGAGCGUGACCCANNAGGAGUCAGAUUGGCUCCAUUGUUUCCAGACAUAAUUGCGCUCACGUACAUAUUCCAGUGAACCCAGNCUUCAGGCUCCGGUAUUUUGAGCCCCNCUCUCCUGAAGAUCUGAUGGGGUUUCUCAGCAUUGUAGAAAAUCUGUAUAUGUGCGUACAUGCAGGUUGGGGAGGUGUGUGUUCUUUGUUGAUUUCUGGUUCACAACUUUGUCAACAGAGAUGAGUGGGUACAAGGGCCAAUCUCGUUAGUACUGAGGGAGCCAGGGCCCUGGGCCUCUGAGUAUUGGGUAACCAGAAAGCAGAUUGAGUAAUUCUCUGAGCGAUAAUGGCUCUGACUGGUACCCUGGCCACCACUGCUUCCUUGGUGAAGGAAUAGUGAGGUUUCUCUUCCAGAGCUCCUGCCUUUCAGUUCUUUGCUGGUUCUCUCUAGGCCAGAAACUUGUAUUUGAGGAGAGGUGGGAUGGCAGAUGCCUUUGGUAUGGAAUUGGGCUUUGUUUAACUGGAGUACCAGAGGAAGCUCUCGCCAUAUUCUCUCUGCUGUGUGGUCCAGGUACUUGGAGGACCCCUGGCUGAGAGACAGGUAAGGAUAGGCAUCCUGCUGUAGGUGGGGAGCAGGCCCAAUCAGUUCAGACAUGCCUUCCCUUCCCCCUCUUACACCCAACACCCAUGCUGGCCUUUGUAAAUAAAGAAUGUGAUUUUUGU